UUCUAUAGACAGCAUUGUUUAUGAAGUUGGAUGCUUGGCUUUGGCAGUUGGUUUGAAGGAAAAUGUAAACUGAUUUUGCCAGAACUGAUUCGCAAAGUCGGCAAUAAAGAAGUGAAACAGACUACAAUAUCUGAUAUCAUAAGAUAUUGAUUCAAUCAAGAAAAGUGACAUGUGAUUUAAAAUUCUAUUUAAUUCCCGGCCGCUUGCUGCUGAGUUGGUUAGGCCCGCUGGCCUAGACCCCAGCAAAGAGAUAUGAGCGAGCCAAACCAGCUUACUAUCGAAAAUUUCUUAGAUUUCUUGAAUAGCCAGUCAAGGGAACUAUUCGAAUCCACUCAGCAGAGGGAAGAUAAUGAAGAGAUGCAAGAAGACGAGGAGAGAGCUGCUAACACUAAUAAUGAAAGACGAUCGUCUGGAGAAAAUGAGGGAAGGGAUGAUGUCUCUUGCGAAUUCUGGAGCACUGUUGAUACCAAGGUUUUAAUGGAUCGCAAGAAAACAUCGCUAUGUGCCGAAAGGCUUGCUAAAAAUUGUUGUCGGCAAACAAGCAAUCCUGCAGCCCCAUUUAUACAAGAAUACGAAGAAGAAUUUCCAGCACAAGAAGAUCCAUUGCAUUACCUUACUGAGUUGGUGAAAACGCAGAGAGGCGAACUGGUUGAUUAUCACGCGAAUUACCCAUUUUCAAUCGUACUUUUCAAGAGGUUGAGCAUCUUGCAAACUGUUUUUAAAUGUCUUUCUAAACAGUUUCAUUGCUCAAAGCAGCUGAGAGCCCCGAAGUCCAAAGGAAAAGAUUUAGAAAGAAAGAAGUCUGCAGCAAUAUCAGCUGAGGGUGCUGAUGUUAUGAUCCAGCUUGGAGUGAAAACAGGCCUAUCUCUUUUGUUUGCUCUGAUGAAGCAAGCAUGGAUGCAAAAUACAGAAUCAUCUGAAAUUUGUACUGAUGUCCUGGAUACAGUGUCUAGUGUUGUGAGUUCUCUGCCACCUUUGUCACUAGCGAAUGAUUCCAAAUUACCAAAGCUUGCAUUAACCAGCCUUGACCAGGUAAUGAAGUUUUUAAAAGAAGUCAUGAAAGGAAAAUUUCAAGUCAGUGCAACUGGAAGGCGCAUGUGUGCAGAAAUUUUGUUGGGUUUGGCAUUGCAGCGUGGGUCACUGCUUGCAGCUUUGGACUGGGUUGAAACUGGAUUUAUGUCAUGUUUGGCCUCACAUAGUGUCCAGUUUGAGAAGGAGACUGUAAAUUUGUGGCUGCAAAGACUGCAAAACUCAGGGAAUGGAGAAGAAGAAAAGGUUGAAGAGCUUAAUAUGCAAGUUGAGCAAGACAAUGAAACUGUGCCUCUGUGCCUUGCAGCAUUGAAAAUUUUUAAACAGGUAUCUAAACUGGCUGUUGAUUAUGUGAGAAAUUUGUCCCUUUUCAAUGAUGUGAGUGGUGGUGGCAAAGAUAAAGAUGACAUCAAGCAAAAUGAAGCAUUUGUUUGGGGAAGCAACAGCAGCUGCCAGUUUGGAGAACAGCUUCAUGACAAAGUUAUGUUAUGUAAAAAGAGCAAAGUGUUUGUGAAAGCAUGUCAGGUGGAAGCAGGACAGUAUUGCUCAUUUGCUGUUGAUAAAGAUGGAGUCCUCUUUGGUUGUGGGAAGGGAAGUUAUGGCAGACUCGGCAUGGGUGAUUCACUGAACCAGCCAAAGUUAAGAAGGACUUUAUUGCCAUCUGGGAAAGUUGUUUGCCAAGUAUCGUCCUCCAAAGGCUCUGACGGUCAUACCCUGGCUUUAACAACGAAUGGAGAAGUCUUCAGCUGGGGAGAUGGUGAUUAUGGCAAGCUUGGGCAUGGCAACACCCUGAUGCAGAAAGUGCCGAAACGCAUACAAUGUGUAUUGAAAGGAAAGUUCGUGAGGUUUAUAUCAGCUGGCAACAGACAUAGCGCCGCAGUGACAGAUGAAGGCGAGUUGUAUACUUGGGGUGAAGGGGACUAUGGUCGGCUAGGACAUGGGGACAGUUCAAGCAAAAGCAUUCCAACUUUGGUCAAGAAUGUUGGUCUUAUCGGCCAGGUUGCUUGUGGAAGCUCUCAUACGAUUGCCUUGUCACAGGACGGAACUUCUGUUUGGUCAUUUGGUGCUGGAGACAGCGGCAAACUUGGGCAUGGAGAUAACAAUAGAGUCUUCAACCCGAAGUUGAUUGAAUCUCUGCAAGGAAUUCAUCUGCGAAAAAUUGCUGCUGGGUGUCAAGCCUCGGUUGCCCUCACUUCUGGGGGUCAGGUUUAUGCCUGGGGCUGUGGUCCUUGCUUGGCUACAGGAUCAGCUGAUUCCGUUCAUCUCUUGCCAAAGCUCAUUGAGUCGUUGGACAGCCUUUUCAUUGAGGACGUUGUCAUGGGUGACAAUCACUGCUUAGCUCUAACAAGACAAUACGAAGUCAUAGCAUGGGGAAAUAAUUCAAUGGGUCAGUGUGGAUUGGGUCAUUGCGUUACCCCCGUUGCUACCCCAAGAAAGGUCCCAGGUCUUGAAGGCAUCAAAAUUCAACAGAUUGCAGCCGGCACUUCUCACUCAAUUGUCUGCACUGCAGCCCCUCCAAACAGACGAAUAAUAGCACAACAGCGCCCCUACUGUAUACAGCUGCGAAAAGAAACUUUUGUAAAACUGAAAGAUCUUUUAGAGUUUUUCCGAUGUCAGAAAGAGAGCUUAGAAUCUAUGAAAGGGGAAGAAGAGAGUUAUGGUGAAGAAAUGGUUCUGAGUGUCCUGGAUCUUCUAAAAUGCCAUCUUGUCCUCGCCAUAAAAGACAUAUCUGUAGGAGAUCUGUUGGAAGGUGAAGCCAAAGAGAUUCGGAAGCUGUUGUUUCGCCUGAUCGACCUACCGCUUUCUGCCAAAGUGCAUCAGGCCAUCAUCGAAACGACGAAACUUGGUGCCCAGAUCCUUUUGCCAAAUUUGCAUGAGUGUGUUGAGCUGUUGUACGAACUUCUGCCGCAGCAAGUUUCUUCGUCUGGACAAAUAUCAAGAGGAAACAUGCUACAGCUUGAAGUGGUCCUCGAAAGCUUAAAUGAUGACUUACAGAUUUCAGAACUGUUUGGCUUCACCCAGUCCAGCAACUCCGAGAUUAAAAGUGACGAUAACGCAUCGGAUGAUAUUGCCAUUGCCGAUGAGAUUCCACUGAGAUUAAAAUCAUGCGAAACACUCAUGAAAAUGCUCCUUUGGAAUCUUGGUUUCUUUACUGAGCAAAGACUUUCGAGAAUUUUGGAUUCAGAUAAAACUGACGACACAGAAAGAAAGUAUGAAAUUUCAAUGGAAAGAAAAACAGUCGAGUUACUGCACUCGAUGCAGAAACAUUUGUUAGCUGCUCUGAUGUGGAAGAAAACCAACAAGCAUAUCAAGGAAUACGUGGCGGUUUUGCAUCGGCAUUUCCAGUUGGCAUUGUCUCUUGCCAAAUCAACCAUAAUCGACUGCUUGGAGACUGCCGCAAAGGUUGAGGAAAUGGGCAAGAUGUCAUCUCGUAAAUGGCUCCUGCUUGAUAUCCUUUCGGAAUCAGCAGCUGGUCACAUGCUCGUUAUGAUCGUUCAUGCAAUUCUUUUUUUGCCUUCUGAUCUUUCCAUUCCUUACUUUGACGCUGUCUGUGAUCUGUUGCCUGGCCUAGACAAACUGUCACGUCUAUCCUCUGCGGUGGAGGUUCUGGACCAACAAGAAGUCACAUGGCCCAAAAAUGAGUCAUUCGGGACCCUCGAUCCGUGCAACCUGCCGCUCCCGCAGCCUACAAACAGUUGGACCUGGAUCGUUGACUUAGAAAGGACUGUCGCUUUCCUAGUUGGCCGAUGCGUCAACAAAAUGCUGCAUUGUCUUCCGUUGCUGAAUUCAGAAAUUAGGGCAGCUGAGUGGCUCGAGCUUUGUUUGUUCAGAAAUGGGUUAAAAAGCAGCAAGGAUGCAGAGCUAGGCUCAUUUCUUGACACUGUUGACAACGCACUCCGUUCCUUCGACAAUGCAACCAUUGACAACUUCAAGUCAGAGUUAGGCCAACUUCAAAAUGACUUGCCAAUCGACCUUGGAAAUGGGUCAUCAAACAUUGAAGCAAAAACGUUGUGGAGAGACUUCGUUGAGUAUGGCAUUAUUCGAGAGCUUGCGAAUGAAUCGCAAGAAAGCUCAAUAGAUUUCGUACAAGUCACUGUGAAAUUUGUACUCGCUGCAAUGAUCAAACAAUUUGGAAUCACUUGUGAUAAAAACCUCGUCAAAAGUCCGUAUCUCACAAGCAUAUACGAAGCUGUGUUCUCAAUUGAAAACCUCGUGUAUACCAUUUUGAAAACUGACGGGGUAACACAGAAGGAAAGCUCUACUGGGCAAAACGAAAUACAAGCAAAGCUUCUGGAAAACUGCAAAUCCAUCGUUCGUAAUUGCCUCUAUCUUCUUGCUUUUGUCAAUCCGUGCAUAAGUGAAGACCGUCCGACGAUCGACGAUAAGAAUUCGCUACUUGAAGCUAUUUUAUGGUUCAUCAUGAAAGACUUUGAUCGAGAUCUUCUGUCAGAUCACGAUCGGAAGAAGUACGCGCUAAACAAACUCAUGAACAUUGCAUUUGCCGAUAUAACAACUACUUUCAGGUCACAUCAAAUCAGAGCAGAGAGAAGAAUCAAGGCCCUGGAAUUUCUGUCGUCAUUCAACCUCGUUUCGAGUCCACAUAACGAGGCGAAUGCCCUCGAAGCUUCUGCGGCAGUUCUAAAGAAUUUGGUGCCAUCUGCUCAGCUUUAUUUCCUGAUCGAGGCUCAUGGUUUGGGAGUAUGCGCAGAGGACGCAACAGAUCAUGGAAUGAUGAGUUGGAAGCAAAAUGUUGAGAAUGCAACCUCUGAGACUCUUCUUAGACUUGGCGAAGUAAUCGAGAGAUAUUUUGUCAACAUUGUCCACCACAUUCGACAUGCUGAAGAAAUUAUUCACCGAGGAUAUGCAGAGAUGUUUAGCGGUGUUUUCAUGAUGGCGCUGUCAGAAUUCAGAUUGCAAAGCACAGAUGUAGAGCUUCGUUUAAUUAAAGAUUUGUCUUCUGUUCUUGUGAGCAAAUAUAUUUUGCCAAGCUUGAUGAGCAAAACAACUCAGAAACAGCCAUCAAAGCUUGAGUAUAUAUGCACAACGUUAAUGAAGACUUUGACAUUGCAAAUUGGAAUGAGCGGUAUGACGUCAGAAGAGUGCCUUAGUCACGUGGUGUCAACACAGAUGCUUGUAUUUCGAACUCUGAAGAGUAACGUGGCAACAUUGCAUGAUGGUGAAAUUGAUCUAUGCGACUGUUUGGUUUUCCUGAAAAGAUUUUCCCUAAUGAGCAACGCACCAAGGAAGCAUUUUGUGGCACAGGGAUUUCCUUCUGAGCUUAUCGAUAUUGCAGGGUCUGCUGGUUAUGGCAUUAAAACAAGAAUUCUGGCCUUGAAGAUGCUACAAAUUAUUUUACCAUCAAUUUCAUCGGAUGCUUCAAAUAAAAUCGACCCGGAGCAGACGAUUUCUGGGCUGCUCUCAAUCAUACCCAACGCCCUUCUGAAGGAGCCUUUGCAGUGUCAGAGAUCAGCACCCCCGUCUUAUUGGUCGCAAUCUCCUUCUGACUGCGAGACUCUUCCCGUUGUUUUCGAUGCGAUUCGUGGCAAGGGAUGCGGUAUCGUGAAUACGAAUACAGUGAAACAUUCAGUCGGGGGUAAAGCUAUUGGCGUUGUGAAGCAGCCAAUGGCAACGGGCUGUUUCCAAUGGAAUGUAUAUAUAGAACACGAGACAAAGGGAAACGAGGGCACAUGCAUUGGUAUAACAAAGUUCCCAUUUGAAGAUCUCAGCUACAAGACCUCGUCUGACAUAUGGGUUUACCGAGCUUAUAGUGGGCUUGUCUACCACUCAGGCAGCCAGCUAUCAGAGGAGGUGUUUGAAUGCUUCAGCCAAGGGGAUUAUAUCACUUGCAUUUUGGAUCUGAACUCUAGAAUCCUUUUGUUUGGUAAAAACGGAGAGGAGCCUCGCGUCGCCUUUCACAAUCUACCAUAUGUUGACUUCUACCCCUGUGUUAUCUUCUACAGCAACACCCCAGUCGGACAGGUGACAAUCAGCGAAAUGAAGCGUUUCUCAAAUAAAGAUGUUGUUUAUGAUGGCACUCCUUACUGUGCCCCACCAUCUUUCACCAUUGCAGAGCAGACAAUUUGCUUGUUGAGAACCCUGUACGCACAGGACCUUUGGAGGGAGGAAAUGCAAAAAGCAUUCACAGAUAUUGUCGAGAAACUUGAUGGCCUAUCAAUGGAUCACCCUCAGGACAAACGAUUGUCCAAUCAAAUCGAGGAGAAAGCCCCUGGAGCGCUUUCAUUGCUUGGCUUUAUCGGUGACUUCGAUAGUGGAUUACGAAUUGGGUGCCAAUGCCGACACAACAGUGCCAAAGGAUAUGUGAUGGGUGGAGUCAGCCAAAACUGUUCAUUGCUAAGGGUGCAAGAGAUGGAAGAAGGAAAACGAAAUAGUCUGUACAAUAGCUCAGUGCUUCUGCCCGUGCAAUCAUCAAAACUCAGCUUUGGCGAAUCUGUUCCGUUUUUCUUAAAGCUACUCAAAGCCUCAAUUACACUGACCUCAGAAACCUGCGAGUCUAUUAGUUUUGAAUAUCUGGCUAAAUCACGGACUGGUGUCAGCCCACAAGAAGAACUAAAUCACGUAGAACUAAGCCAGUUGAUGCUUUGCGGACUUAAAUCAGUUCUCGCCCUGGUUCAAUCGGCGACAUUCGGACAGUUGAUUUUUAAGCAUUAUCAUCUCAGAAAAUACAAGGCAAGAAAAAGAGGAACUCCGGACAAAGAAGAUAAAGAAGAGUACGUUUUGAACACCGAUUUAUUUCGAAAGCUUUUCAAGAGUCUUUUGCAAUUCAGUCUGGAAAAGAGCCCAAUAAACGCGAAAUUUGAAAUUACUGAUUUUGAGAGAUGCCUAUCAGUUCUUUACUGCAAGGCAGUGCAGUCUGUGGAGGAAGGGAAUGGCGGUGUCGAUGUUUCUACCUGUGAAAGUGAAAGUGAUUUGGUUCAAGAUGUGAUCCAAAACGCCACUCUAGUUGACAAUACGACAGACGCAGAUGCAAAAAACAAAAAAUUCGAGACCGACUUGCCCGGUUCAUCGCCAUUGACCGCUUCCGGAUCUGAACCCCACUUUUCAAACCAAAGAGAGGCAUUUGCAUAUUCAGUACGACAAAUGCGUGAACAAUGUCGGGAAAGCGGCGAGCUAAGGCAGCGUCGACUCGCCCGUGGCCGGAUAGCUACGCUGGAUCCGUUAUUCGGUCCGGCCACAAGGAGCUCGCGGGAACAAGGUAGCAGUUUGGCACCAUCGUUGGCUUCAUUGGCAUUUAGACGGGGGAGACGUAUAGAUUUUGAUGCCCCAGCCUCAUUAACAAGUGGAGCGACUAACGCGCUUCCAUCGGUUGAGCCUCUUAUUGAAAUGGGGUUCACAAGGAGGCAUAUUGACUUGGCGCUCAGUGCUAAUAAUGGACGAAGAAGCAUAAUGAGUCUUGUCACGUGGCUAUUGGAGCACCCUCUUUCUGAUACAGAGGAUAAUGACACAGAAAAUGCCACGGGUGCAAGCAGUACCACAGAGAUUGACAGUGUGGGUAGGACGGUUAUGCAGGCUGAAAUGAGAAUAGGCGAAGAAGACGAGGAUGGCUGCGGCAAUGUGGAUAAUUAUGAAACGGUGGACAUGUCUGCCGAUAGUGAUGAUAGCGACAUUGGAACAGAUGACAGCUCGCCUAAUUUUGGUGCCAUUUCUGGGGAUCUUAGCACAUUAGAACGAUUCUUCGUAGAGCCAAGAGUUGAUGAUCCAUUGAUGGUAUUAAACGAACCAGCUAGGCCAUCCUCGUCAAAUGCUGUUGUUUCUUGUGAAAUUUGCCAAAGAACUGUUAAAUCAUUUAAUAACCACAUGCGUGCGCAGCAUCCUGGCUGUGGCACUAGCAACAGUCGUCAUGGUUACCGUAGCAAUGGGCAAUAUGUUGAUGGUUGGUUUGGUGGGACCUGUGGCACGGGCAGUCCUUAUUACCUGUUGUGUAUAAAUUGUCGUAAAAUGUACAUGGAUCAGCAUAAAGAGAGAGAGUAUUUUGCAGCCUUCCCUCAGAGUCAUCCAUUCGAUUUGCGGACAGUUGCGGACGCGCCAGAUUUGCUUGGAGUUGAAAUAACUGAAGAUGAGGGGCCAUCAUGCACAACACCUACUCCACAAACAAAGCGUGUCUCUUUUUGCAUCCAAGAAUCCGCCUCUGAUUCCAACAGUCAACUUUCUGCGAUUGGCCUAACUGACUGCAAAUACACGCCUCCCGUUGUUGAAUUCCCUAGCCAAGAUCCUCUUGGGCAAAUGUCGGUUGAAACAAACUAUUCUAGCCUCCUUGGGAACGAUUCAAAUGAAAGCACAACUCCACUGUCCUUUAGAAAACCGUUAGGAGUUCAAGCAAACAGCAUCAAGCAACAGAAAGGUCGCUUGUAUGCCCUAGAGCGGAUAACUAAAGCCAGCAGGGUCCUUGUUUCAAGAAGUAUUGUGUUUUCAGUUCUCGAUGCCCUGGUAAGGAUAUUAAGCUUCAACGAAAUUAGUGUCGCCUUGGCAGAGCUAGGUCUAAAUGAAGUACAGGCAUUUAUAGACUUUUUAUUGAUGUAUCAAAACAUAUCAACUGAUGAGCGCACUAGAUCUGAUGGCCUAGCUGAAAGUGGUCGGGAUGGAAGUGAUUCAGGCUGCAAAGUUUUGUCGGUCAUUAUCAAAGUGUUUAUAUGUCAAAAUGAAAGAUCGAUGAACAAUGUUGCACGGUAUUGCAGUGAUGUUUUGCUACGAGAAGCCAAAGAUUCAAGAAAUGCCACAAAGAAGAAAGUUUCUAAUAACGAAACUACAGAUGAAGAAAAAGAGCUUUCAAGCGGAAGAGGAAAUGAAGUCAAGUUCAUUCAGUCGCUUGUCGAAUUGUUCAGUUGCGAAGAAAUUUCCGGAUCACUUAACAGUUGUAGUAAAAAGACGACAGUUCUCGAAUUGAUCGAAUCUUUAUCGGCAUGCUGUCUCUCGACUCAUCUGCCAUCUUACUUUCGACAAUGGUCUGCUGUGCAAAUGGUAAGGAUUUUUUCUUCAAUGGCAAACAGAGGCUCAGCUCCUUUGAAACUUACAUCUGCAGAUCUUAACGGUGACCUUCCUAAAUGCGGUAUGUCAACAUUCAGAAAUGAUGAUGGUGAAAUCUUCGAUUGCUUAUGGAAUGCUGCAAAGAGUCUUCUUAUUUCAAGCGGUGAGGAUACAACACUAAUAUGGAAGUUUAGCAGCCGUGGUCGAAGUAUGAUGCAACAGAAACUGGAUUUCCUAGACUACAGUCACUGCCUCCGUGAUUGGAGCAACCAAGAGACGAACAUCAGUAACUUACGAUGCAACCCUUCUGGUACGCUGAUCUGUGGCUCAAAAGGCAGUUUGAUAAGCAUAUGGGCGGUGUCAGGCGGACACCCACACGUGGAUAGCAGCCCGAGUCAUAUCAUGUGUUUAGCAUGGCCUAGUGUUUCUGAGUCAAGUCUGAAACAAGGCAGGAGCAAAGAUGCGCUACUGCUUGGGCGCAUUGAUGGGUCAGUGGCUAUUAUUGACAUCAAGGAUAGCAAUAAUUUCAACCGUGUAGAGGUAGAGCAGUGCAGAAGGGAAGUUCCCGUUUGCGCCUUGACUUGGCACAACAUAAAGGAAUCUUUCGUCAUCGGCUACAUUGAUGGAGUGGUUAUCGUUGCUAGGAAGGACAGUGAACUCAUGAAGAAGUUUCAGGGACACGAGGAGAUUAUUUUAAUGCUGCAGUUUUCCUCAACUGGAGAAUGUUUUGCAUCGCUGGCAGAAAAUCAAUUUGUCAAGAUUUGGCGCGAAGUCCAAGAUGGUGUUGUUUUACUCCACUCUCUGAAGCACGUUUGUUGCAGCCCGACCGUUUUUUGCUGGAAUCCAUCGCUCCUCCCAGAUGGCACAAUUCAAAUAGCCACUGGCUGUACCACUGGAGAAAUCCAUAUUUGGAAUCUGCACAAAGCCUUGACAAAAGAAGAUAUAGAAAGUGACGAUGCACCUGCUUUCUCUGACACAUCAACCUCGAAAUCAGACCAAGAGCCUCAAACAGCGGCUGACGGUACCCUAGUUACAAGCGAGGGACAGCAAGAUGGCAGACAUUGGCUGCAGGAGUUUAAUACUGGAAAAGAAAAACCGUCCUUGUCUCUUAGUGGACAUGAAGGAAUCAUUGUUUGUUUAGAUUAUAACAAUGCUGGAACAAUGCUUGCAACAGGCUGUGCCAAUGGUAUCGUGAACAUUUGGUCCCUUCAAGAUGGCCUUGUUGUCCAGACGCACCGUGACGAGGCAGCGAUAACAAAUCUCGUUUGGAUGAAUGAUCAUGGCUUAGCAGUUACUUCAAAGGGUAGUCACGAGAUCGCUGUUAUAAAGGUUACAAAAGACCAAAGGGAAAAAUUGAGGCUGCUUGCGCAUUGCAGAAUGAGGCUGAUUGAACAUGGCAUCUCUGGGUUGAGUCAGUCUUUCUACUUACGAGCAUUUUUAGAGAGGUUACCAACAAUGCUACAGGACCAAUACAAUUAUGAAGAGAACCAAAUUAACAUUCUCACACAAUUAAAACACAGUCAGUUGAUGUCAGCACUCGCCGAGUUAGCGAUUUUUCUGAAGCUCGAAGAUAUUUUUACGCCGUCUGCAAAAGACCGUCUUUCUAAUGAAAGCUGUAUACAAGAUUGGUCCUGGUUUCAAACUCUUUGCCUGACAGCUGGAGUUACGGAUGCAAUUUUCAAACGACAGCAACUUCCACAAGCAUUUAUCCAAGGCAGUGAGGCAAAGGAUUCGGCUGGAUUGGAUAAUUUGAGGUGGACUUUUGCAAUGGAUGAGCAAAUCGCAUUAUGGGCCAGUAAACGGCCAGGGGAUUGGGAGAUUGAAAUCCCAAAGGAUGUCUACAUUUGGGGAUCUGGGUCUCAUGGCCAACUUUGUGGCCUUGGAACGAGCAUUUCAGAGCCAGAACUUGCGACAUCAGCUACCCAAGUAAGGCAGAUUGUAUGUGGGCAAAACUGCACAUUUGUGGUGCAAGUAAAUGGAACAGUUCUCGCUUGUGGCGAAGGAAGUUAUGGACGCCUGGGGCAAGGAAACUCAGAUGAUAUGGUGACACUGACACCAAUAUCUGCGCUUGCAGGUUACGUUGUUGUGCAGCUAGCAACAUCUCUUGGAUCUGACGGGCAUUCUUUGGCCUUGACCGAUUCUGGGGAAGUGUUCAGUUGGGGAGACGGCGAUUAUGGAAAACUUGGUCAUGGAUCAAGUGAAAGACAAAGAAAACCAAAGUUAAUAAUGGCUCUGCAAGGAGAGGAAGUCAUCCAGGUCGCUUGCGGACACAAGAGUUCUGCUGUUAUUACUUCGGACGGAAAGCUUUUCACAUUUGGAAAUGGUGAUUUUGGUAAGCUGGGAGAUGGUACCUCACAGAACAAGAAACUGCCGCAAAGAAUCCAAGUUAACGGUGAAAAGUUUGGCCAAGUCUCUUGUGGGCUAAAUCAUACGCUUGUGGUAUCGUCUGAUGGUAAUACCCUCUUUGCAUUCGGAGAGGGAGAGUUUGGUCAACUUGGAAUCGGAAUCUGCUCACACAAGUCUACGCCAACGGUUGUGAGCCAGUUAAGCAACAAGGAGCUCAAAAAGGUCGCUUGUGGCACUCAAUUCUCAGUCGCUCUUACAAAGGCAGGGAAAGUCUACAUAUUCGGAUAUUCCCGAUCUAUUGGAUUGAACGAAAGAAGACGAAAUGAUCAUUCGUACCCGAUGUUGGUGUCUUCUUUCGGUGACGCUGUAAUUUGGGACAUUGCAGUUGGCUGUGAGUUCAUUUUAGCCCUCGACUCGAAAGGUGAUGUUUGGUCAUGGGGUAACAACAAUGAUGGACAGCUUGGGUUGAGCCACUCUGACUUGCAGCCUAUCCCAACGAAAGUCCCCAAGCUAGUGGGCAAGAGCAUUGCACAGAUAUCUGCAGGAAAGUCGCAUAGUGCAGCGUGGAUGGCCUCCCCCCUACCCGUUAAUCGAUCCGGCCUGAGUGAGUUGGGUGUUCCAAAGAACAUCCCUCGAGAGUUUGCUGCUCUUAAAGAAUGCAGAAUCGUUGAUGUUAGAGAACGACUGGGGAUCUUGCAGAGAUUUUCAGAUCUGGUUUCUAAGUCAUGGAGAUUGAUCGAUUUUAGAGAAAAUGAGGGAGCUCUGUCACGAUCUGUCGAAGGAAUUCGCAAUGGUAGACUGCGUUCUUUAUUGUCGCCUCGUGUUCACUCGCUGCCUCUUGUGCGUGCUGUCAACAGAACGAUGAUCAACCAUAAAAAUAGUGGUCCCCAGAUUCGAGUGAAGAGGUUCGACAGCAAGGGCAAGAAAUGCGACUCCGUGUUCAGGCAGGUUGCAAAGCAAGUCCUGAAGCACAAACCAAGGGAUUUAUGUUUCCCUUCUCGCGCAUGGAAGAUUCGUUUGGUCGAUGAGGCUGCAGAUGAUGCUGGUGGGGUAUUUGAUGAGAUUAUGACUGAAAUGUGUCAGGAGCUUGAAUCAGAUGAGCUUGACUUGAAGCUGUUAAUACCCACACCAAACAGUGUUUCUGAUGUUGGAUAUAAUAGAGAUCGGUUCAUUUUAAACCCUAAUGCAAAUUCGAAAGAAGAGCUGGAGCAUCUACGAUUUCUAGGCAUCUUAAUGGGAAUCGCAAUUAGAACGAAAAAACCCCUGAAUCUUCAUUUAGCUCCAACUGUUUGGAAACAGCUCGUCAGCAUCAAGCUUUCUGUAGAAGACAUUGAAGAAGUCGAUAUGCUAUUCCUGAGGACAAUUCGAGGCAUCAGGGAUAUUGAAAAGAGUGGAAUUGACGAGGACUCCUUUUCAGAGACAAUCCCCCUUGAGUCUUUCGAAAGCCAAGGCUCAGACGGCAGAUUUGUUCCUGUUAUACCGGGCGGUCAAAGUAAACCGCUGACUUUUAAUAACAGAGUUGAGUAUGUAGACCAUGCGAUCCGGCACCGGCUUGAAGAGUCAACUGCGCAGGCCGCGGCCGUCCAGGAGGGGCUGAAAGGAAUCAUUCCGGUUCCGGUUCUUAAUCUUAUGAAACCGGAGACGUUUGAAGAGCUUGUUUGCGGUGCCGGUACUAUUGAUACUGAAGUACUAAAGAAAAUAGUCAGGUACCGAGAACUGAAGCAAAGCAGUACAUCAGUAGUCUGGCUGUGGGAAAUUCUCCAGUCCUUAGACCAGGAAGAACGGAUGCUGUUUUUGAGAUUCAUAUCAGGAAGAUCACGAUUGCCAGCGAACAUUUCUGAUUUUCCGCAAAAACUGCAAAUUAUAGGAGUCGAUAAGCCUGUAGAUGGCCUUCCGACUGCACAAACAUGUUUCUUGGUGCUUCGAUUGCCACCUUACACAUCGAAGGAAAUAAUGACUGAGAGAAUACGCUAUGCUAUUCACAAUUGCCGUGCUAUUGACAUGGACAAUUAUAUGCUUGAACGCAAUCAACGCGAGGAUUCAGACAGCUCAAGCUAAGACGUUCUGUAGUGUUUAUAUAACUGUAAUAUUUGUUAGAGCCAAUGUUUCUUAGUUGUUUAUUCAUAUUAACACCUGACCUAGGAUGUAGUAAAAAUUGGGGAUGCUAAUAUUCUCACACCAAUAAUCCAGUAUCCCCUACAAUAUUUCCGUUAUUUUAAAUAUCAAACAUCUUGCAUUCAUCUUGAAAGUUUCCAGCCCUGAAACGACCCA